AUGCUCAAGAGGGUGCUCGAGGAAAAGAAUGCCAAAGUUCUCUUGGUUCUACCCUAUGUCGCCCUCGUACAGGAAAAGGUCCGUUGGCUUCGAAACAUCGUCCAGGGCGUGAUGAAACCCAAAGAUGACAUUGACGACGAAAAACGCAUAUGGAGGCGGCGAGCAGACGAAGACACGAUCAGGGUCAUUGGGUUCUUUGGGGGGAGCAAGAUUAAGCCUACUUGGUCCGACUUUGACAUCGGCGUGUGCACCAUAGAGAAGGCCAACGCACUUGUCAAUACGGCGAUAGAUGAUUGCACCAUCAAGCAAUUGAAGUCAGUUGUCCUCGACGAACUGCACAUGAUCGACGAUGACCAUCGCGGAUAUCUGAUGGAGUUGAUGGGCACAAAGUUGCUCACCCUGCCUCAGCCGGUGCAAAUCGUCGGCAUGAGCGCUACCAUGUCUAACAUUAGUCUCUUGGCUACAUGGCUGGGAGCUCAUUCGUAUGAAACGCGCUAUCGCCCAGUACCAAUAGAGGAACAUCUCGUUUACGAGGGUAAUGUGUACCCAGCGACAACGACAAGUGAGCUGCUGAAGACGGCCAAGAACCUUAAUGCAGCCACUCAAAAGACUGGAACAAGAGCCACAAGACGUAUUGAGCCUUCCGGCCACAAGGAAUUCCAAGAUCCCGUCCUCAACGCUGUUGUUUCACUUGCUAGCGAGACUGCUAAGGCUGGCUACGGAGCCUUGGUCUUCGCCAGCAGUCGUUACGGCUGUGAAACAGACGCCCGUUGGAUUGCCAAAGUCAUGCCGACUUUAGACGAGCUUGAAUCUGGCCUAGUUGAGAAGAGGAUUGAAGUCAUGGCCGAGUUGCGUAGUCUCGGGACGGGUAUCGAUCCUGUCCUGGAAGAGACGGUACCUAUGGGCGUUGCAUUUCACCCAGCUGGCAUAAACUUACCGGCACGACGAGUAAUUCUUCACAAUGCUCGUAUGGGAAGAGAUUUUGUUGGGCCAUCGAUGCUCAGACAGAUGCGUGGACGUGCCGGUCGCAAGGGAAAAGACGAAGUCGGAGAAACCUACCUAUGCUGCCGGAAGGAUGAUCUUGAGCAGGUUGUCGACUUAAUGCACGCCGAGAUGCCACACAUCACAAGCGGUUUGAUGACGGACAAGAAGCGGAUCCAAAGAGCACUUUUAGAAGUCAUUGCCAUACGAUUAGCAACGAGCCGAGAUGCGCUGGACGAAUAUAUAACAAAGACUUUGUUGAGCCACUUUGGGCCCCUGGAGUCCCUCCAAGACUGCGUAGAGGUCAGCCUCAGAAAUCUGACGAACAUGGGCUUUGUGUCCGUGGACGACUGCGAAAACUACCAGCCGACAAAACUUGGGAGGGCCAUUGUAGCCUCUGCAUUGGACCCUGACGAUGGUGUCUUCAUCCACAAGGAACUGGAAAGGGCGCUUCAAGCAUUUGUUAUGGAUGGAGAGAUGCACAUCCUUUACACUUUUACACCUGUCCAGGACUCUGGCACCAGCAUCAACUGGCAAGUUUUCAGGAACGAGAUGGAUAAUAUGGAUGAAAGUGGACACAGAGUUCUCGGUUUCCUUGGGCUCAAGCGUGCUGUGAUCAACCGGCUGUAG